AUGCCCCGAAAUGCGCCCAGAGAAGUCAGAGACAAGCAAGGCCGCAACUCCCAAGAAAAAGAAGCGAUCUUCCAAAUCACCCAAAGCGGGAUAAAUCUCCAGCGUCUCCCACAGAAGGAAAGCCCACCUGGUGCAGCAAUGAAGGCCCACAAGAUACCUGACAGACGAGAAGAGCAUUUGUUGGGACAUCAGUCCCCGCCAUUACAUGUCCGAGAAGCACAAGCUGUGCCACAAGACCUAAACGACUCAUCAUCCGACGACGAGAUCAUUGUGCCUAGCUCUCAGAGAAGAAACCGACGAGUGCCCCCGAUGGAGACUCACCUAUCCAUGAGUCCCUCCUAA